AACAGAAACUGAUCUGAGUAGUCGUUCAUCACUCGUUAACAAAAAAGGAGAACUAUUUUCUCACGGCGGAGGAGCGCUCGUAAUCAAACGCGCAAUCGCAACGGCCUGUGACGCACGGCGAUUGUUGUCGCGGUCGCGAGAGUGACAUCGAAAAUCGCGUUCGUGUCAAUUCUACGCCCGUGAGACUCGUAUCACGGAGAAGUAAAUCAGAAAGAGAUAGAAAAGGAGUGUUCGCACGUGUGUAAACGAAAGGGCGAGCUACGGAGGAACGCAAGUGAAGGCACGAAGAAGAGCGUCGUCGCCGUCGUCAUUGUGUCGCGCGACCCGCUCGCAGACGAGGGACAAUGAAGUUCCAGUACAAAGAGGAACAUCCGUUCGAGAAGAGGAAGGCCGAGGGUGAGAAGAUCCGACGGAAAUAUCCCGAUCGGGUGCCCGUGAUAGUUGAAAAGGCACCUAAAGCAAAGAUCAGUGAUCUGGACAAGCAAAAGUAUUUGGUACCUUCUGAUUUGACUGUCGGUCAAUUUUAUUUUUUAAUUCGUAAGAGGAUUCAUUUACGUCCUGAAGAUGCCCUAUUCUUCUUCGUAAACAACAUCAUUCCUCCAACAAGCGCUACCAUGGGUUCCCUUUAUGCGGAACAUCACGAAGAGGAUUUCUUCCUAUACAUAGCGUAUAGCGAUGAAAAUGUAUACGGUCACUAAACCCCCAGGAUGAGCAAAUUGCCAAAACAGCAAGGGAUUCAACAACAAAAAUCUACCAUCUACCAACGUAGUCCUCAUAGAGACGCUUUCGAAAACCGAGCAUACAAAAUUACAUCUAUCGAUAUACUUUGUGUGAAAUUUUAUCUUGAUAUUGUAUAUUCGCUUCCAUAAAUCUACACAACCAUAUUCUUGGAUGAUAAAAGAUGCUUGUCGAUUCCAUUUUUUUUGUUCUAUCAUCUAAGAGGGCUUAGUUCACGUAUUAUGUAAGAACUAAUUUGAGCAAAUUUAUGUGAUCAUGUAAUAUCUAGCCUGGCCACCUAUAAAAAAAAAUAAGAAAAAACCAAAAAAAAUCUGCAUCAUCGUUAACAUUCUCACACAUUAUGUUCUUCAUUGCACGUUACAAUCAUAAUGGUUUUUUCUUUUUUUUAGACUAGCACCUAUAUCGUACUGUAUCAUUAUAAAUUUAAAGUAUGGUAUAGACGGAAAAUCAUUAUAUACGUGAUAUCAUUUUCAAUAAUAUAUAUUAGAUUAAUGUUGUAUUAUACAUAAUUUUGACGUUAUUUAAUUAAAAGAACGAAGAGAAAUUGUUGGAUGCGAGCGAGAAAAAUUUUCUGUAAUCUCGAAAAUGUAAGGCCAAUAAAAAAAAGUUAAAAUCGUGAAAA